UCGAAUUAUUGUUUUAUUUUUGAAAUAUUACAAUCUAAUAACCAAAAAAUUAGAUUACGUACCAGAAAAGAAAUAGAAAUCGAUAAUAUUUUAAAUGAUUAAUCUACAUAAAUAGUAGUAGUAUGUCUUACUCCUACUUUAGCAAAAAAAAUACUUGGUAAAUAAACAAAAAUGGCACGAAAUAAUCCAAUUUAUAAAUAAAUUUGUACGCUUCAGCUCCGCCAUUUUCCUAGUUGGUUUAACUGUUUAAGGCUCUGAGACUGAGAGUGAGAGAGGUGCGGAGGCAGCUCCUCAUAAACCCUAAUUCUUCCAUUAAUGGCGAUUUUGGAAACAAAUUCAUAGCUCAAGCUUCAAUCAUUCCUCCCAUGGCGGCCACAAUUCUCCGCCGCACUCUAAUCUCCUUCUACUCCGCCAACAAUUCCUCACUCCUGCUCAAAUCUCAUUUCUCUGCCUCCCCCUAUUUCUCAACCACCGCCACAAAUCCGCCGUUAGACCACCUCACCGUCACCAAGUUCCUAAUCGACGACCACCGCCUCUCCCCGGAGGCGGCGGCGCAGAUCGCCUCCCGCAGCCGCAUCAGGAACCAAAAGGCCGCCGAUUCAAUAAUCCAAUUCCUCAAAAACACCGGCUUCUCCGCCGCUCAGUUAGAAAAAGUCCUAAAAUCUUCGCCGCAGCUCCUCUCCGCGCACCUCGAGGCCACAAUCAAGCCGAAAUUCGAGAUCCUCCACGGCCUCGGCUUCGCCCUCGCCGACAUCCUCGACAUCGUCGCGAACCAAUCGCGCCUCCUCAACUACAGCGCUCCGCGGAUCUCGUCCUCGAUCGUGACGCUCAAGUCCGUGCUCGGAUCCGCUGCCUCCGCCGCGAGAUUCCUCAAAACCACGGGGCUGUUCCUGAGGGACAUGGAGGGCACUCUGCUCCCCAACGUCGAAUCGCUGAAGAGCUGCGGCGUGUCGACGGAUCAGAUCACGACGCUGAUGUGCCAGAAUCCGCGAUUCUUCCUCCACAAACCAGAGAACAUGAGUAGAUUCAUCGAGAAAGCGGAUCAAUUAGGCUCGGAUCGUAAAUCGGGGAGAUUCAUCCACGCGGUGAGGAUCAUCAGCUCGAUGACGAGCGAGACGUGGCGAUUGAAGCUGGAGGCGUUCCGCGAGCUCGGAUUCUCCGAGGAGGACAUCGCGAGGGCGUUCAGGAACUCGCCGAAGGUGUUCGCGACGUCGGCGGAGAAGAUGAUGAGAGUGGCGGCGGCGGUGGAGGGGAGUGGGGGGUAUGAUCGGAGGAGCAUUGCGGAGACGCCGAGUGUGUUCCUGUACAGCUUGGAGAAACGGAUAUGGCCACGGCUGAAGGUCUUGAGAGUGCUGGAAGAGGAGAAGAAGAUGAGGAGAGAGAAUUGGCCGAGUCUUGCAACCAUGGUGUUCAUGAAGGAUGCCAAGUUUUUGCAGAAAUUUGUGAGCCCUAAUUUCGAUCUUGUUGGGGGCUUAUUUGCAGAGAUUUGAAUUUGAGAGCCCUGAUUUGGGGAUUUUUUUGUAGAGAUUUUGUGAACCCUUGGUUAUUUUUGGGGAUUGGUUAUGAGGUGAAGGUGGUGGAAAUUGGGGAUGAUUUUGGUUUUGCAAUUUGUAGCGACAUCGACGAUGCUCAGAGCAGAUACUAGCUAGGGUAGUGACGGGACGGCCUGUGUCGAAAUGUGAUCGUUACCGUGUCAAAAGCUCCUAUUGGAAUUCGAACAUGAUCCGCGAAAGAUACACUUGAUUCCAACUCUUAUUCAAUACCAAACAUGUUAAUAAUAUGAUUGCAGCAAGAUCUGCCCCUCAUUUGCCAACUGUGCUAUGUCUCUGCGGGCAUGUUAAUAAUAUGAUACCCAUUUGUUGA